AUGACUGCUGUUAAUCGCUGUCCUCAUACUCUACGUGCAUUUUUCUUGGGAUCUGCGUCCCCUGACGUUAAACAUGCUCUUGAUGCUGCGAAUAUCCAGCUGGUUGAAUCGCACUAUUCUCGAAUACAAGACAUUGUCCUCGCUAGUCAGACAUGUCAUAUUUUGCUCAUCAAUCAACCCCUUGCUUUGAGUCUUAUGUCUGCACUUACAACCUCGGAUCACUGGAUGGCCGUCGCAUAUUUGAAUGGAGCAGCUAUCCAGGAACACAACAUACCUGUGUUUGUUCCCAGACCUGCAUCUUCUAGAGUGACGGCUCGUAGCGAAGCAGAAUUCGUCAUUGGAAAUAUAUUCCAGCUCGCCCGUGUAUCCCCUCGACACACGUUUGAAAUUCGCAGCAAAACCCUUGGCAUUGUUGGCUACGGCAGCGUUGGUAUUCAAAUCUCAAGCAUGGCCGAAGCGCUGGGCAUGCGAGUGGUGUUCUAUGACUCUGCGGAUGUGAUGAACUAUGGUCGCGCCAAAUCCACCGCAUCCCUUUCUGAACUCCUUGAGCAAUCCGACUUUGUGACUUUGCAUGUACCCGCCAAUACAGAACCAAUGCUUCGCGAGAGAGAGCUAUGCCAGACCAUGCGCAAAGGAAGCUACCUUAUCGACUCAUCACAUAGCCGCGCCGUUGACUACACUGCAUUAGUUACUGCUCUGAAAGAGGGCCAUAUCGCUGGUGCCUCCGUAGACAUCCCACUUGAUUCAUCCUUCCGUCCUAGUCUUCCAAACUUACUGCUCAGUCACAAUGUCCGACAUGCUACACAAGAAGUAGCAGACGCAGUGGCAAAGGACGUCUUGGCCGACCUGUCACUUUACCUGGACCAAUUCAAUGUCCCACUCAAAACCGCAUUUCACGAAGACCGUGGCCUGGAGCAACCUAUCCCACAGCCGACACUAGCAAAAUAG